UUAAGGUAGUUCUUUCUAAAUACACGAAGCAUUUUUCCCUCGAAAUCUAAUGGAGCAAAAGAACAAAAGCGACGAAUCAAGGCCGCCAUUGAUGGCGUUAAACCAUGUAUCAAGACUUUGCAGAGACGUCAAAAAGUCUCUCGAGUUCUACACGAAAGUGUUAGGGUUCGUGGAGACAGAGCGACCCGCGUCGCUAGACUUCGACGGUGCGUGGCUAUUCAACUACGGUGUUGGGAUCCAUUUGGUGCAGGCUAAAGACGAAGAGAAGCUACCUUCCAACACGGACCAUUUGGACCCGAUGGAUAACCACAUCUCGUUCCAGUGCGAAGACAUGGAAGCUUUGGAGAAGAGGCUCAAGGAAGUGGAUGUGAAGUACAUCAAGAGGACGGUCGGUGAGCAGGAAGACGCAGCUAUCGACCAGCUCUUCUUUAAUGACCCCGAUGGUUUCAUGGUCGAGAUUUGUAACUGCGAGAAUCUGGAGCUUAAACCGCGUGAUUCAGCUGAUGCUAUACGUCUCCCGGGUGAUCGACACGCGCCUCCUGUUUCUCUCCCUGGCUCGUCCGACCAUGCAGAUGAUACUAGGCUCCCUCAGACCAAUUCUUAAUUCUACUUGGACUCCUUUUUUUGUACUUGUUCCUGUUUUUGUCCUCAGUUACUGCUUUCUUAGUUAAUGUCGUGACCGUUAGAAACCGUGUUUGAGUUUUUGCUA